GUCGAGUAUCGGUAAAUUCGAAGGCAACGUUGUGAUCAGCUGACUGCCAGAAAGCAUGCGAGGGCGGCGAUGGCAGCUAGCUUCGUCGACGAUCUCAUCUCGGUGCGCAGCCACCGCAAGCUCAAUUUGUCCGAGCUGCUUGACAACUUGCCCAAGCAACUGACCAAGGACGUUUUGCAGCAGCUACGUGCCGCCGUGCUAGAAUGCGACCCGGAGUUAAUCCCCCAGCAGGAAACUGCAGUCAGCAGCCUGCUGGUGGCUGUGCUGGAUGAGCAGUCUCCACCAGUGCGGCGCCACCUGGCCCUGUCGGUGCUGGAGUCCCUGUGUCCCCAGUAUGGCCUCGAGGAGAUGCUGCUCCCUCUUCCCCCACAACAGCUCACAUUAUUUCUCCAGGCAUUACUUGCUCAGGGUACAGACAGCCCACACUAUAGGGCCCUUCUUGACAAGCUGUUGAGUGCUUUGGAGGAUGCUGCUGUGGGUGCAACAGUCAAGCGUGAGAUCCUUCUCUACAUGACGCGAGUGGCCGAGGCACAAGAAGACCUACUCUCUCGGGAGGAUGCGGAGCGAGUCUUCAAGCAGCUUCCCGGAUGGCUGUUGGACUGCUCGCUCUUCUCGUCCCCACGUCUGCUCGGCGUGUCUUCGGUCACUGGACCGUCAUCAUCUUCAGCUGGCACCAGCACCUCACGGUUCCGCCGGUCCGAGUCAGCCCAGGCCGUUUCCGAACUGGAUGGGGUCGUCUCGCAGGAGACCUUCACUGUGCUCACCUCCGCCAAGUUCUACACGGGUGACCAGUGGCUGAACGGUGCGGUCUUCUCGGUGUUGGGUGUGUGGCUGCGGCGAGCUGUGUCCCUACACUACACCGACGAAACCCUGGUCUCGGCUAGCAAGAAGUACUGUCUCUACCUGGUCGACCAGACGCACCGAAAGCCUGUACAUCCUGAGGACCUUGAGCUUCAGCAGCUUUGUCUGGUGGAAUUGGUGCACACCCUUGACCUAGUGUGUCAACUGGACAGCAGUCAGGUGCCCGAGGUGAUUCUGGUGAUACAGCGACUGGCCAACAGUCACCUGCUUGGCCGCAUCACUCUGGGAACUGCCCUACUUGAGUUCUUCUUGCACCACGGAAAAGCUGUGUUACACAAGACCGAUGACUGCCUGAGUCAAUUCUUCCUGGGUCCCGGUUCUCGUGUCUGGCUGAGUCCGUCCAAUGCCCUGCAUGUGGUUCACUUCACCCUGCGCAACCUGGCUGCGCUGUGCGACAUUGGCGCCACCGAGAAGUACUUUCCGGCCUUGCUCAAGAUCUUUGCCUGGAAUCCACAGCAGUUCAAGAGCCAGUUUCUGAACAUUGUUCCUGCCUUCAUGUCAGCUAAGAGUGUGGUUGAGGUGUUCCACAGUCUAGCGGAUCUGCCUGCACUAACUGCAGCCCUACUGCACGAAAGGGAGACAAUGGGUGUGCCGGAAGGUGCUCGCGUAAAACGCCAGUCGUCGGUCCACAUUGGCUCUGAGGUGCACAAGUCCAUGCUCAAGUUCGUGCUCCGCGACGUCAGCGGCAUUGGGGACACAUUCGACGGUGUUGCCAAGUUCCACUCCCUGAUCGCCGACCAGGCCAAUCACCCGAAGGUGAUCCGCUGCUCGGAGCAUGCGCCAGAUCUCCUUGGGUGCUACCUGAAGACCUUUGUGCAGUACGGGGACUCAGAGCUGGCUUCGCGACUGCUGCCAGCCUUCAUGGAACGACUGUCUGUAUGCUUCGGGUCGCGAGGAUACUGCGAGCGACUACGCAAGGUGCUGGCCGACGUGCUUCCGCAGCUGUUUCCCAAGUUCCCUGAUGUGACCUUUCUGCUGACCUCUGAGUUUGUGGAGUUCCUCAGCCACACCAGCUCGUACGAUGCGGGACCUGACUUCUUUGCAAACCUUGUGUGGGCCAUUGGAGAGUUUGCCUCGCCCAACGAGAGCUCUCUCUGCUCGCCCAAGGCCGUGUGUGAGUUCUUCGAGGUGCUCGAGUUGCUGGCCUUUGAGCUGCUCAGUUCCCAGGGAUUGCUGAGCGAGCGUCGAACCAGGCUCUUGUGCAUCGUCAUCACUAGCCUCUCUAAGCUGGCAGUGCGGUCCCAAGACCUGGUGGCUCGGGCCCUACUGUGCCUGUCCAAGACGGGCCAGCUGUGCAAAACCUGCCAGAUACCGGGACCGCCCUUGGCUGUCUUGGAACGGCGAGUGCUCGAGCUCACUGCCAUCAUCAAGCAUUCUGGAGCUGCCUCAGACAUACUGACACCUCCAAAGGAAGAAGAGCUGAAGAGGCGGCACGAGGAUUUGGCACAGCUGCCCGCCCUGGUUCGUCUAGUCACUGCCGUCACGUCUACCCAGGAGUAAUCUCCGUGGUGCACAUCUCAGACGCCUUGCAUGAGACGUUCAGCACCUUUCUCUCAGGUUCUGCCUCCCGACAAGCUUUCCAGCAGGCGUCUAUCGGACAUACUGCAAGAAAACGAAGGUCAUGAACUAGCCAGCAGGACUACAUAGUAUGAGGACACGUGC